AUGAUUGCUGUCACAGAUUACGAUGCUACCUACAACGAAUUACAAGCCAAGAGAAAGUUUCUCGAUGAGAGUAUACAUUCCAUGCAAGAUUAAAGUGACCACAAAAUCAAUUAGGCUCUUAUUAAGUUGACAACUGAAUAGUUAAAAUAAUUAAAAUUGGAAAAGUAAAGCUAUGCUUAUAAAUAUAUUCAUCAGGAAUUCUCAAAAGCAAAAUCAAUGAAAUUUUGUAAAGAAAUAGAAAUAGGUAUGUUAUUUGAAAUUCAUGAAGACAAAUUAUAUUAGACUAAAACAAAUCUAUAAACUGAGUUAUUAGCAUUCAUACCUUCAGUGGGUUUGCGUCAUAAGAGAUUAUUGCAAUAGGAAUAAGUGGAUGUGAAAAUCAGAAGACAUAAGCAUCAAAACGAAGAAAAACUCAGAUAACAACAACUACUUAGAGGCAUAGGAGAUUAAGAAAUGAAAUAGAUUUCAUAAAAUCUGUCUAAAUAUGCUAAAAAUGAUGAAAUGAAUUCUCCUAAACAAGAUGAUAAUAAUCUUGACAAUGGAUCUCUCGUUAUGUCAAAGAGCUUUAAUCAAUCUUAGCCCAGAUAAAUACAAUAGCAAUCUUAAAUGUCUUAGAAUUUAACUCCUGUUGUCUAAAAAUAAUUUUAAUAAAAACCAUUAAGAGGGCAAAUAUCAUCUUAGCUUGUAUAUGGAGAUUAUGAGGACGAAGAUGAUUUAAAUUGA